AUGUCUCCGAAAACCUGUUUUCUCGAAUCGAACAGAACUUAUUCGAUCCAAAUUCAACGGAUAGUCGAUGAAAUCAGCAAGUUAUCACUAGUUGAAGUGAUGGAUUUAAAUGAACUUCUGAAGAAAACACUCCAGAUACAAAAUGUGCCGAUUGUGGCAUCGGGAGGAGGCAGUGUUCUACCAUCACCGACCGCACCGAAAAAAGGAGAAGAAGACGAGGAAGAAAGUUCACGUCCGACAGCUCAAUCCGUGUUCAAGGUGCGUUUAAUUAAAUUCGAUGAAACGAAGAAAGUUCCCGUGAUAAAACAAGUGAAAGAUGUCGUUGAAAACAUCAAUCUUGUUCAAGCAAAGAAACUAGUCGAAUCGAUUCCUCAAGUCUUACGUGACAAUCUGAGUAAAGCCGAUGCGGAAAAGAUGAAAGCGAAGAUCGAAGCGGCCGGUGGUGUCUGUGCUAUUGAAUAA